CAUCUCGCAUUCAGUCUUCCGUCGUUCUAAAAGCAAUAUUGAUCAUUUUUCAAAAACCGAAAAUGUGUUUUAAAUUUUUGGUUUAUUUCGUAGCAUUUGUGUUGGCUUGCUCUAACGCUUUAACUGUACCAGGAAUAUUUGAAACUUCGCCGGAAGCACAAUAUCCAACAAUUUUCCUUGAACCGCGGCCGGCGUCUCGUCACACAAAUGUGCAACAAUGUAGUGAGACAACUGUACCGGGAACAUUAGAAAACUCUCCGGAAGCAAAAGAGCCUGAAAUUUCACUUGAACCGUUACCAGCGUCUCUUGGCGCAAAUGUACAGCAAAGUAAUGAGCCGAGCGAGACAGGCAACGAAGAAUCUGAAGCAGCGAUUUCAACAGCCGAAGUUAUUUUCACAUCCUGUGCUCGAAUGAAUGAUGGUGCAGCGGGAGAGAAAGUUGCUCAGGGCCUUUGCAUUUCAAGUUGUAAAUUCCAAAAUUGUGGAACUGGCAAGUGUGAAUAUCGUGGACGACCUGUUUGCGUUUGCAGUCGAUGUGCGAGUGGUGGAGGCGAAUGGCCUAGCAUUCCAGGAAAAACGGGACAAACCUCAGACAUUGUCGAAUGAAUUGUAUUUGACAAUAUCGAUGCUUGAUUUUAAAAAUUCUACUUUAAUGUUGGAUUAAUGAAAUUUGGCUUAU